UACAGGCAGCAAAAACGCACAGCAGCGCACACAGCUCACUAAACGCCAUGAUGCGCUAGCAAACACGACCGAGAAACGCUCUGCUCCCAUGUUUUUCGUGUGUGAAGUCGCCCGCGGUAGGUUUUGGAACUUGGCAUUGUGUAGUGUUGCAGUGAGUGCGAGUGUGAAGAAUUGUCGUACAUAGUGGGAAGAGUGCGUGAAGAUUGCCGUUGUGAAUUUUGGCUAAUAAAUAGAAGCAAAGCGUGUAGUGUGCGUGAGUUAAAUUGAAGCGAAAAGAAAAAAGGAAGAAAAGUGGGUGUAGUUUGUUGUGUGCUGUGUGAGUGUGUGAGUGCGAAAGGAGAGGUAGAGAGUGAAAACACAACAAGCAAUCACGGCAAAUCAUCUCCCCGGGCGCGGUGGAGGAGCUUUCCCUCGCGACCAUUUCGUCCAGCAACCCCACCUCCCCCUUCUCCUUCGCUUCCUUGAGGAAGUACAUUUCGACGGUGCCUUGUGGCUUGGUGAACCGCACAUGCACGCAGCGUGAACGGGGUGAAUUUUCCUGCGCUCAUGUUUGGUGGAAAAGCUGUAAAGUAGGCUACGGUUACGGCAAAGGACCCUCCCGUUCAACACACGCGCACGCUCCCCCGCAGAGCGGCGGCACAAGCACAAACACGGACGAAAAGGGACAGCGCCGAGAGUGAGAAGGCAACACAAUUUUGCGCCGGUUACUGUUGGAUUGAGUGGUAUCACAACUACAUCUUCGAGCAAAAAAGCGAGCAAAGCAACCGUUGCCGGAAGACGACACUACCGUACCGACUAUUGAGGAGGCUGUGGUGCUAACCGGGAUAAGGCAGCCUGUCCAGUCAUUUCACCCGUCGUCCGUCAGCUGUUGGUUCGGCGAUCCUGAUCCAUCCCGGAGCCAAUAAAAAAGGCUUUUUGCAUCAAAUCUUAACAGCACAAACCACGAUCGCGGAUCGUCUUCCUUAAGCACAACAACUACAGCAAGAUGAGCGAACAAAGCAUCAUUGGGGCCCGGGCCUCGGUCAUGGUGUACGACGAUGUGCAGCGGAAGUGGAUACCGUCCGGCAGCUCGUCCGGUCUGAGCAAGGUGCAAAUCUUCCACCAUCAGCAAAACAACACGUUCCGCGUCGUCGGUCGGAAGCUGCAGGACCAUGAGGUCGUCAUCAACUGUUCGAUCAUCAAGGGGCUGAAGUAUAAUCAGGCCACCGCGACGUUUCACCAGUGGCGCGAUUCCAAGUUCGUGUACGGGUUGAACUUCUCCAGCCCGAUGGACGCGGAAGCGUUUGCCCGUGCGAUGAUGCACGCUUUGGAUGUGCUGAGUGGACGCGUACCACCCUCGUCGACCAUGCAAACGACCAAUCCGAACCCGAGCCAGAUGGCUGCGGCGUACGAGGAGGACAUGGGCUACCGUACGAUGACCCGUGAAGAUGCGGCCAUCAUGCAGCAGCAGCAGCAAAUGACUAGUCAACCGCCGGGCGUGGGACCACCACAGCAACCGCCGAACUCGAUACCGGGCCCGGGCGGUGGCAUACUAUCCCCGCAAACGCCGACAUCUCAAACGCUGCCAUCACAAGCCACCCAGCAGCAGCAGCAGCAGCAACAACAGACGCAUCAUCGUACAAACAGUGCACCACCGGUCCCGCCAGCGUUACCGACACAACAGCAGCAGCAGGCAUCGCAGCAGUCACAGGCGCAGCAACAGCAGCAACAGAAACCGAUCUAUGCAUCACAGCAGAGCAACAGCAGUACCAACAGUAUUACCUAUGGAAACAACUCGCAGCCGUAUCCGCAGCCAAUCUACGUAGCAUCGAAUCAAAAUCAUCAAAUGCUGAAUCAGUCGGUGUUGCCACCGCAACCGCCGCAGCAACCACCGCCACCACAGCAGCAGCUACCGUCGAACCUUUCGAACGGUUCGAUUUACGCGACGGCCACGUGCUCCCCGAGCGCGACCAACAGCAAUCCAGCGAACCCGAUCUACGCCGGCCAGCAGCAGCUCGUUUCACAGCAGCAACAGCAGCAGCAGUCCGCACCACCGCCGCCACCGAUGAUGAUGCCACCGAACGGCUACGGACCACCGAAUGGUGUCGGCGGUCCGUACGGUGCUGGCCAACCACAGUACGGUAUACCACCGGUUCCACAGAUGCCAAUGCAGCCGCCGCACCAGCAGCAACCACCGUCACAGAUGCAGCAAACGAAUGCUCCUCCACCACCGCCAAUGAUGCCGCCGAUGUUCCCGAUGGCGGCACCAUCUAGCGUACCGCAGCCACCAGCACCGCCGAUGCCACCAAAUCUGAAUAAUGCGGCUGCUCCACCGCCGCCGCCACCACCGCCCGGCAUGCCAGCGGUAAAGCCGGGAGAAAUCAACUCCUUGGCCCUCCAGCUGGCCAGUGCCAAACUGAAACGCAGCCAACCGCCGAAAAGCUCGCCGGCCGCUGGCGUGUCGUCCACCUCUUCCUCCGCCAACAAUGGCAGCAAUGCCGUGUCGUCCACCGUGACGGAAAACAGUGGCAGCAGUACAUCGAGCGGAGGUAGUGGUAAUUAUGGAACCAUAGGACGGUCGUCAUCUGGUAUGGCAUCGAUGAUGGAUGAAAUGGCGAAAACACUUGCCAGGCGUCGAGCGCAGGCAGAAAAGAAGGAGCCGGACUCCAACGAGGAUGGAGGUGCAGCUGGAUCCGGUGGUCGCCAGCGAGCCUGGGAAAAAUCGAGCACACUGCCGCACAAAUUGGGCAGCGGCAAUAACAAUGCCGGCGGUGGAGGAGGCGCCAACUCUGGCAGCGGCCAGGGUGGUGCAAGCCUGAGCGGUUCGGAAUCACCGAAACCGUCGCGGAAACGCUUCGGCAGUGCCAGUGAGGAAACGAUACUGAAGCAGAUCAAUGGUGGUGAUAGCUUCUCCCUUCCGACUGCGGUCGAGUUCGACAAUCUGAAGGAAGACAUUUUGCGCGAGAUGCGCAGCGAGAUUGCCAAGGCGAAGCAAGAAAUCAUAGAAGCUAUCAAAUCAGAAUUCAACCGCAGUAUUCGAAUAUGUUUUAAUCAGCCAGUGUCGGUACCAACCCGGGGUGCAUAUUCUCAAGCAUUGGAAGUGGCAGUGCAUCUCCCACCAAGAGAAAGUGGCGUGUAAACUUUAUACAGAAAACAGAAGCAAAACGAACACACCAUUCACUUACGCGGAAAAAAUGCAGAACUUACAAGACUCCAAACGUUUAUACAUAUACGUCGUAAAACAAUGUGGUGCAGUUGAAAAAAAAGGUGGGUAGUCGAAAUAUGAGCUAAUAAACUAGUAUAAUAUACAUAGCGAGUGUAGCAGUUUACCGCGUGGCCGCGGAUCUCGCGGGCAGAGUCCGUAUUCGAAUGGCAGAUUGCAUUGCCGACGCAUCAUAAUGCAUGUAUAAAAUUUGAUAUACAUUUUUUGUGCGCCAUUGUUGUUGUGGUUAACCGUUUUGGUCUGUGGGUGUGUAUGUAUACACACUGCGUUGGCUUUCACGCCUCAUCCUCCUCCGUAUCGCGUUGUAGUAUUAGUGGCAGUAUCAUCAUCAUCAUAAUCAUCAUAUAAACUCUCCUUGACGAUGGUGGACCGCAACUGGUGAAAAAGUGAUUUUGCAUCGUACCCCAUUUCCUCCUCACUUGCAUUGCGUAUAUUACUGUGGGAAAAUCGUAAUGGAAACUGGGGUCGUGUUCUAACCCACACCAGACCGCCCGCGUAUGUGUGUGUGUGUAUCAGUAAAGAAGGUGAAAGCGAAAAAAACACAGUUCUUUGAAUCGAAUGUCUAUCCAUGUAUCUCUAUGUGUCAGCCAUAUUAUCUGUCUCAUUAUGAUUACUCUCGGGAAGG